UGGCCAGCCUGGGUGAGGGUGGGGCGCCCCCGGGGGUCGACGCCAGAGGCGCAGAUGGAGCAGGCCACGCUUGGGGGCUUGGCGUAGGGCUGGGCCGCUCCCCGCCGCGACCUGGCAUCACCGCCGCUCCCCGGGGCGACUGGCAGCGCUCCCUCCCAGGGGGUCGGCGCCCCUUCCCGAGCCUGGAGCGCGGCCCCACCUGGCUCCCACCCCUCUCGGCUUCAGCUUUCCGGGCGCCCGCAGGGUCACCCCUCAGGUCGGGCAGCCCCCUUUAAGCGCUGCGGGAACUACAUCUCCCAGCCGCCCCGGGAGCUUCCUGACGCAGCCCCCCGCCCCCAGCCCGCGGGGAGGUGCGGGCCAGGCGGGGGGAGGUGACUUGAUGUCAUCCUGAGCAGCUGGGCGGCGGGUGCCGGUGCGCGCAGAGCCGGGGCUCCCACGGCGCCGCGCCGCGUCGGGUCGGGUCCGCGACUUGGGGCAGAGGUCUGCGCGCCGCCGGGCCGGCCGGGAGCCCGCCGGAGCCGCGCCUGACCCGGGGCUGAGCGGGGGGCAUGCUCCGGCCCCCCCACCGGAGCCCGAGAGAGAACCCAGGAGCGCCGCCGCCCAGUGCCAGCGCCCCAGGCGAACCGGCUGCGAAGGAGCCCUGAACAGCUGCCCCCUCCCCACGGGCAGCCUCUGGGGGUCAGGGUCCAAAGUCUGGGCAUCUGAGAAAGCUAGGGUGGGAACCCUAACUGGACUCUUCUGGAACCCCAGGAACGACCUGAGACCUGAGCCAUCUCCUCUCUAUCCUGCCUGCCCCCCCAGGACUGGGCAGUUGCCGAAGGCCCUGGGGGGGGCCCAGGACUGUGGUUGUGCCCCCCCCACCUCACAGAAUGGGUCCAAGUUAGUCAGCCCAGCCUCACUCAGUAUCCUCCAGGCCCAGAGGGGCCCCAGGGGCUCUGAAGGCUUGACCCGCCACCUGGCACCAUGGAGACGAAGCUGCCCCCUGCGAGCACCCCCACCAGCCCCUCCUCCCCGGGACUGUCGCCUGUGCCCCCACCUGACAAGGUGGACGGCUUCUCCCGCCGCUCCCUCCGCAGGGCGCGGCCCCGGCGCUCCCACAGCUCCUCUCAGUUUCGCUAUCAGAGCAACCAGCAAGAGCUCACCCCGCUGCCCCUGCUGAAAGAUGUGCCAGCCUCAGAGCUGCACGAGCUGCUGAGCCGGAAGCUGGCCCAGUGCGGGGUGAUGUUUGACUUCCUGGACUGUGUGGCGGACCUGAAGGGGAAGGAGGUGAAGCGGGCAGCGCUCAACGAGCUGGUGGAGUGUGUGGGGAGCACCCGGGGGGUGCUCAUCGAGCCUGUCUAUCCUGACAUCAUCCGCAUGAUUUCAGUGAACAUCUUCCGGACCCUCCCACCCAGUGACAGCCCUGAAUUUGACCCAGAAGAAGAUGAGCCCAACCUUGAGCCUUCCUGGCCACAUCUGCAGCUGGUCUAUGAGUUUUUCCUGCGUUUCCUGGAGAGCCCUGACUUCCAGCCCUCUGUGGCCAAGAGAUAUGUGGAUCAAAAGUUUGUCUUGAUGCUCCUGGAGCUCUUCGACAGCGAGGACCCCCGGGAACGGGAAUACCUCAAGACCAUCCUGCACCGGGUCUACGGCAAGUUCCUGGGGCUCCGGGCCUACAUCCGCAAGCAGUGCAGCCACAUCUUCCUCCGCUUCAUCUAUGAACUCGAGCACUUCAAUGGCGUGGCGGAGCUGCUGGAGAUCUUGGGAAGCAUCAUCAACGGCUUUGCGCUGCCACUGAAGACGGAGCACAAACAGUUCCUGGUGCGGGUCCUGAUCCCCCUGCACUCAGUCAAGUCUCUCUCGGUCUUUCACGCCCAGCUGGCGUACUGUGUGGUACAGUUCCUGGAGAAGGACGCCACCCUGACAGAGCACGUGAUCCGGGGAUUGCUCAAAUACUGGCCCAAAACCUGCACCCAGAAGGAGGUGAUGUUUCUGGGGGAGAUGGAAGAGAUUCUUGAUGUCAUUGAGCCCUCCCAAUUUGUGAAGAUCCAGGAGCCCCUGUUCAAGCAGGUGGCUCGCUGUGUGUCCAGCCCCCAUUUCCAGGUUGCAGAGCGGGCUCUGUAUUUCUGGAACAACGAGUAUAUCCUGAGCCUCAUCGAGGACAACUGCCACACUGUGCUGCCUGCCGUGUUUGGGACCCUCUACCAGGUCUCCAAGGAGCACUGGAAUCAAACCAUCGUGUCUCUGAUCUACAACGUGCUCAAGACCUUCAUGGAGAUGAACGGGAAGCUGUUUGACGAACUCACGGCCUCCUACAAGCUAGAAAAGCAGCAGGAGCAGCAGAAGGCCCGCGAACGACAGGAGCUUUGGCAGGGCCUGGAGGAGCUGCGGCUGCGCCGGUUACAGGGGACCCAGGGGGCCAAGGAGGCCCCUGUCCAGCGGCUUACACCCCAAGUGGCUGCCAGUGGGGGUCAGAGCUAGAGAUCCCCCCGAAGGGGAGGAGCUAACCCAGAGCUGUCAGUCCCUACCUCCCCUCUCCUGUCCAGGGGCCCAGAGACACACACCAACCCCUGGCCUGGCCAGUGGGGUCAGAGGGCUCCCUGCCUGGCCCAGCAAGGGCAGCUUUCACGGUGGGAGAGGAGGACAGGAGAUGGUGGUCCUGGCCACCGAACUCUCAGGCCCUCGUGGCAGGACCUGACAGGGCAAGCUGGACCAGGAAGCUGCCGUUGGGGAUCUACACGGCCCUGCAGAGCUGGGCUGCAGCCUGCAGGCGGGUUCCCACCCCCGGCUCCCCGCCGCAGGCUGGUGAGGGCACUCGUCCCUCGCCCGCCCUGCCUCGUGCCAGCGCGAGGUCCUUCCCCACCCCACCACGGGAUCCGUGGUCUAUUUAUUCUCCGCAGCUCACCUCACACAGAGGCUUUCCUGGGCCGGGUGCCCUCCUCCCCCCUCCCUCCCCUCUGGCCUGCCUUGUCCCCUUUUUAUUUAUCGGGCGGGGGAGGGGCGAGGGCACAAGCAGAAGAGAUUCCCCGUGACCUGGGCAAGGGGGGUUCACCGCAACCAUGGUCUAUCCCCCUUCCCCUGGCUGGGGGUAGACUUAAUAAAUUGAGAAA